AUGCACGUCGACCAAGACUCGACUAAGACACGUCCAACACGUCGCGCGGGGACCUAUCCACAUCACAAUACCAUGACUGAGUCAAAUUCAGUGCUUCUUGAAGCUGCGUUGGAUAACUCUGAGUUCUUUGAAGCCCCGCAACGUGCUACUACGAGGCGGUUUAGUUGGGCCACCAAGUAUGGCCACUACAAUGUGCACUAUCACCUCACCCGAAAGCUACAAAACCCUAGAGCACUGCUGCCAUCUUUCAUCCGCAAUACCCUGCUCCAUACACCUGGGCUUUUCAAUUCCCUCCAGCCCUGCAUAUCCGAAGCAGAAUGUUCAACGUUGCCUCACGUCUUCUACUCGUGUUCGCCAUUUGAUGCAACGGCAUUCCUGCAGUGUUGGAUAAUCACCAAGGGAAAGCCUUGGCGAUUCGGCUCGGACAACGUGCCACAGAUUCGCGACGGCCAACCAUCCUUGUGCAUCUCCCCCUUCAUGCAAGAAGAGGACCCACCACCGUCCUCUGUCAAACACUCAUCACCACCAUCCACUUGCGAGGCUAUGGUCGUCAACCAUCCAACCAUCCAGCAGCCGCAGACCAAUCGGCGCUCCAACCACCCGAGUUCACCGACCUUCUUCAGCGCCAAUCACCACAACUUUUCACCACCUCCCACAAGGCGCAUCAUCGACCAGACAACAGACGACUCACAUGUCCCUCGAUCAGGCGAAUUACCCCCUUCCGCUACCUUUGGUGCGACGACUAAUCAUACCCCGAAUGGGGAACAACUACUUGCGUUGGCUGCAAGUAGAGUGGCGGGGGUGGAGCCUGAGGAUAAGGAGGCUUUGGCAACUCACCAGCCGAAGAACGGACCGUGGUUAGAAGUGAAAGCGAGUAAACGACGGACCAAAGUUUUGAUAGGCGUCUUGGGUACGAUCUUUACCAUUGGUUUGGUGGUGGUUCUUGCUGUUUAUUUUGCGGUGGUGAGGAAGGAGGAUAACGUUGAGGGGAGUGCUGGUUGUCGGGUGGAUCGCCGAUUGGGACUGGGCUUCUGCAACGAUCUCGAUUUCGGAAAUGGAUCCGGAAAGAUCCACAAUGGUCAACAUGAAGCCUGUUCGACAUCCAGCGGAGCAUGUCCUUCGGCCCAACUUUGGAUGCGGAUUGUCAAGCUCAAGAUCGACUCUAUGCGCCUUCAUUCAGAGUCCGCGCCCCAGUCGGCUUCUUGGGGGGUACCCUGGGUUUCCUCCGCUGUUGUCGUCUCCUGCCGUUUCCGCGCAUACGUUUCGGAGUAUCAAUCCCGAACAGCUUCUCAAAAACUUCAUAUACGCCGCAACUACAAUGACCCGGAGUACGGGUUGUCCUAUUCUUUCGGAUGA